AUGGAUUCAAAAAUUGAUACAGAUGUAAGUCUUUUUCAAAAUUUUAAAAUUUUGAUAAGAAUUCAAGGGUUUAAAAAGUCGUGUCGUCAAUUCACAAACAAUUGCGGCUUAAAAAGCGACAAGACUUUUUUUAAAGUUUUUUAUAAUAUAUUGUAGUAGAUUUUUAGGAUUUGUUAUAGAACGAAGUAAUAAAAAAUGGAACGUUGAUUAAAAAAAUAGCACGGCUACCUUUAUUUCUUUAAGAUUUUGACGAAGUGUCACAAAGUUGACGCGAAAUGUCAAAAAUCGCGAAAAAAAGGAAAAAUAUUGUUUCAUCGAGAAAUUUUGAUGUUGUUUUAGAUGUUUUUGGGCAUUUUGGCCUUUUGUUGCUGAAGGAUUUAAAAUUGAUUUUUUGUUAUUUUUUGAUUGAGUUUAAAUUAAAUUGACUUAAAUUCAUUGAGCUAUAGCUCUUAAUUUUAACCUUAUGUUUGAUCCAGCCUUUUUUGAUAAAUUUUUCGCAUAACUUCCAGCUACCUGAAAUUAAAUUGUUAAAGCUUAUUUUAACAACACUAAAUAUUAUUUUUAUGUAUUUUGAAACUUCUUUUACCUUCUCAUCAUUAACUUAAUUUCAGUCAUUAUCAGAAUCAAAGAAGACCUCUUUCAUAUCAUUCGCCAGUUUAUGUUUGACAGUGUCAUGUUUUGCACUUGUAGUGUUAUUUCUACAUUGGUACGAUGAAGGAGAAGGGUUUGUUCGAAGCAGUUAUUAUUUAUUACGAUCUCAGGAGAUUUUUCAAAAUUUGGUUGAACAACCGAUUCAAAAUGUCACAAAAGUAAGUUUUUUCUUAAUUUUUUGAUGUUUUAGGUAUUAGAGUUACAUUUGAAAGGUUUAUAUAUUUUCUUUAUGUACUAUAUAAGGCAUGAAGUUGUAGAAGUCUUUCGAAAACUUGUAAAAGGUUUGGUUUAGAUUAAACUAACUUUUUUCAGCGAAACGACACAGUAGUAGUCCUCCUCUGGACAUCAUUUUUCUCAAGUAAUACCUAUUUUUGGCCGUUAAGUUUGAAUUGCGAGUAUAAUUGUACAUUCACACACGAUCGUCAACUACUACCGAAUGCUUCACUAGUGGUGUUUCAUAUAAGAGAUACGAAUAGCAGGGAUUUGCCGAGGAAUUCAACAGCGGCCAAAGCUUUCUUUUCGUUGGAAUCACCUUACAAUACCUAUUUUAGUCGGCCUGGGGUACCGUAUGGCUACUUCAACUACAGUAUGACGUAUAUGGAGGAUAGUGACAUUCCACAAGGGUAUGAAUAUAAGUGGGAGGAGACGUUUAAUGACACUAGUAAGAGUAUUGAAGAGGUAAGUUGGGGUUUGAGGUAUGUUUUCAUUUCUUGGUUUAGGGUUUGAUACCUUCCUAAAUGUACUGAACCUCAAUAUUGUUGUAGAUUCGAGAAAUCAUUUCAAAAAAGAAGCAUUUGGCAUUGAUUGCGGAUUCAAAUUGUAAUACCAAGUCACGUAGAGAGGACUUAUUAAUCGCCUUGUCAAGUCAGGUGAAUAUAACUCGAGUUGGGAGCUGUGCUAAACGUUCUUGUGACAAUAAUUGUUUGAAGAAACAUAUAGGUAAGGAUGUUCUAUUAAAAAUCAAAGAGUUUUAUUUAAAAUUUUGGGUUUUGUAAAAUUUUUGUUACCUAAAUUUAAAAAAAAGUUUUUUUCAAUUUUUUUUGCUUUUGUUACUUAAAAAAUUAAAAAAUGUAGCAAUUUUAAAUGUUGUUGAUACCUAAAAGCUUAAAAGUUUAUUAAUUUUCUUACGUUUGUUACCUAAACUCUAUUUGUUAAAUAGUUGGCACUUAAAAUAUAUUUUUUUUGUUACCUAAAAUCCAACUUUUCAGCCUCCCACCACUUUUACCUUGCCUUCGAGAACUCGAUAUGUCAAGAUUAUGCGACGGAAAAGUUUUUCCGUUUCACUCAAUUUAUAGUACCGGUAGUACUGAAACGUUCCGUAGUACCCAAGCGAAUACCUCAAAAUGUAUUUAUUGCCGUUGAUGACUUUAACAAUGUGGCAGAGUUUGUACAUUAUCUUAAAAAGGUGGCCAGUAAUCACACUUUGUACGAACGGUAAGUUUUGCUACUUAAUUUUGGUCGUUUUUUACUGUAAUGUAGGGGUAUUAAAGUGAGUUUGGGUUGAGAAGAGGUAGGGUAAUAUAGGUAAUGAUAGGGUGGGGUCAGGGAGUGUUGGGUAGGAUUGCCUGAUAGAAGAUAUUACUCUACUGUAAUAUACGGCAUGUUCUACUCCUUUGAAAUAUAGAAAGUAAAUUUUUAGAUAUUUCGACUGGUCGAUAAACAAAAAAGUGCCUGAUAAUUAUGAUGAGAAGUUUGAUUCCAUGUGUCAUUUGUGUAAGACCGCCCAUUUACUACCUCAAAAACAUAUCUCCGACUACCGACAGAUCCUGAACGUCAAAAACCAAUGUGAUGAGAGAUUUGUUUACAAAUUUUUGGAGAAAUCUAAACUAAAAAAUAGGAAAUAA